AGUGUUUAUAGAAGUCGAUUUAUUAUUAAUAUUUUUUUGUAUGGCAUCUAUAUUAUCUUCGAGGAUACCACCAUGCUUCCGUAUCGAUGUUAUAUCUGCGGGUUGCCGCUUGGGCAAUUUACUCGGUCAUGGUUGGAUCGUCUUACUUGUGUGCGAUGGCAUGGAUCUCAAGUCCAGAUAAUUCCUGAUUCAUAUCGUCAAGGCGUUGAAUUUCGGUCACCAUUGGGUAUCUAUCUGGCCGGAGUGCAGGAGGACGGAUGGUUUUUAUUUGCAAUUCAUACAGCAUGUUACAACAUUCUACGUCUGGCCCUGCAAGCGACAUCAUCAGAUGAGAUGCUAGCAAGUGUCUGUGAUUUUUUUUACUCUAUGCCGUUCGAGAAGCUCUUUGAGGCAAGUGAUGCUUCCCUGCAAGUUGAGUUUGAUGGCUGGGAUAUCUUUUACCAUCCUGAUCCAAGGAUAAUCAACAACGGGCAGAAGGAGUACCUCUUUGCCAACCCGAAUGCACUUGAGUGGCGCGAUCUCAAUAUCGAUCAGUCCGUCAAGGGAGAUAUUCAGAUUGUCAAUAUUUUUGUACGCCAGAAAUCAGAUGACUUGCGCAAACUUCCUCCGGAGCUGCUUGAUUCUAUUAUUCAGCAUCUACCCACCAAGGACGUUCGAAAUCUCUUCAUUGUAAGCCCUGCUGCAGCACUUUUACGCCUUACACCAACAUUCUGGUCUCAUCGCCUUAUGCAAGACCUGCCUUUUAUAGAGCUCAUAAAGGGUGAUCUCGACAAUGGCAUCAGCACUGAGACACGGUACAAAUGCUUGAGCAACAUCUUGCGGCACGGAAUUGGGCAAGCUGCCGAUUCUUUGAGGAAUCUUCAAAGAAUAUAUAGGCAAGCUCAUCAAGUUUGUCACACCUUACAGCUCAGAGAAUUAAUGAUCCCGCCCGAGGUAUCUUUUGAGAACACCGAUCAUGGAAACCCACCUGGUGUCAAUUAUGUUUCGGGGCCUCAUGGUUCCGAAUAUGUCGAUAUUCCUUUGCUUGAAAAUUCGCUGUAUUUUUCUUCUUUUGCUAUUAAUAAGACACGCUAUCUUUCCGGUGUCCGGAUUGGUUCACAUAAAGCCUGCAGCGGAUAUGGCUUCCACUAUCAAGAAACGCUACAUGUGCUUCCAAAUUAUUUGUCUGCAGGCAAGGUGAGAAUGUCAUUUUGCCAUACCAAUGGCGGAUACGUGAAGCUUGGAUUCACUACUUCCAAUAAUGAAGAAGCUUUCAUAGGCUCAACAUCUGGAAUAAGCAUAUCCCAGAGCGAAAUUGCAGUGAAAAAAAGCAGCAUCAUGCGUCUGGAAUUCGAUCACUACAAGAUCGUGUCUAUCAAAGUCGGUCAACCGGGACGCUUGAAGCCCCUUAUUCUGUGGCAACCUCUUCCGCCUGCAAUAUGCAAAAUCAGUCCAUUGACACCGUCACAAUUUACAUUUGCAAAUGACGAUUUUCGCGAAAUGUGUUAUUUUGGUGGGAGCAAUGGGUGUCACCUGGACAAAUUAAUACAAAUUGAUUCAUUUUCAAUUGGCAGCGGCUUUGGAAUUAGUGGGCUUGAGUUUGUUUACAUUGGUGGGAAACGAAUUCAGUGGGGAUCCUGCUUUGGGACCCGGCAAUGCAGACUUAUAGACGGACCGGGUGGUGAACGUAUAGUUGCAAUGAGGGCCGCAUCCAGCGAUGUUGGCAUUGUUCAGAUAAGACUACGAACAAAUGCACACCGCGAGCUUGUUUUUAAAUCCACAAGACGGGCAGUACCGCUUCCAAGUCCUUUCGAGGAAGGUUUCAUUACGGGAUUUCAUGGCUAUUUUCAAGAAAAACCGGACCUUUUCACCGGUGCAAGGUUUCUCAAAGCAAUAGGAUGCCUUUCAGAACCUUUGGAAACGCCAUUGUUUGUGGGCAAACAGCUAUACCAACAGCCCAACCUCGAACUUUCAAGACAAGCACGCUCUACAACGGAACGACUUUCAUGGGAAUCACAUGUAUCGUUUGCGCCGCUUGAUAAUAUACAAACUAUUACGGUGAUGCACAAUGAGCAUCAGCGUCUGACAGGAUUAAAGUUCACCUAUUCAGAUAAUAGGUUAGACAUGAUAUUGGCUAAUUUUAUUUGUGAAAGCAAAGAUACCCAGGAGGAGAGCCUUGCGGCACACGAGCAGAUAAUGCAAGUAACCUGCCACUAUAAGAUGGAAAAACUUUUACCUGGGAAGAAAUUUCUCAAAGGUUUAAAGUUUACAACUAAUCAACGUGUCAUUGAUUUUGGUUCGAAGUCAUCAGCAGUUGAAGAUGUCACUUUUCAACUAGACGCACAAUUGCCAAAGGGUCUAUACUGGAUAUACAAUGUUGCAUUUGAUCAACUCUUUUGCAAUUUCCAGUAAACUUCAUACGACGAUGGUAGGCCGGGUGUUAGCAUUGACUAACCAGGCUCUGGCUAUCCCAAAAGGUCAGCUUACGCAACUCCCACUACUACCGGGACGCAGAAGCAGCACGACUCUCGACGGUCAUUCUGGAAAAGCUAUUAGACUGAGGGGGGAACAUGCGAGUGACGAUGAAUCCGUCCAGUAAAAUGAAGAUUUUCCAAGUUCGAGUAAUUUACUAGCAUGCAUUAUUUCGGGGAGUUUUCAGGAAGCAUUAUACGCUAGAAUGCUUCGACAUCUAAUUCCAUUGAUAUUGUAAUAAUGUUCCUUAUCUCAUAAAUAUCUCUGGUUAAAUGAGACGAAAGAAGAGCAGAUUAAUUUCCGUGUCCCGGCCCAAGAUUUAUUUAGAGAUUCAAGGGGACAAACGUGUUAGAAAGGGCAAAUUUAGCAAUAGAAUGG